CCCUUUGUUUGCUAAAAACUCCAUUUCCCACAAAUCUCAUUUUUCGGGCCGCAAAAUGAAACCACAUAUGCUACUGACGUCUCGGCCACCUCGAAUAACUUUUUCCAAUUAAAAAAUGACAAUGGCAAUCUAUUUCAUAUUGUCGUCUAGAUGAUACUUCAUUUUUAUUGUCCCCUUCGUUUGUCCCUACCCUGUAGUUGCGCCACUGCAUCUUGCCAGUUCGCAGAAACGCAGUACAUCUUUCACACAUCAUUAUGUAAAAAUGAAAAACAAAAUCAGCUUAUCUCGUUACGCAAAUGUUCAUCGUAAGACGCCCACCGAAUUCAGUCCUUCUCAUCCAAUUAUUACUCCAAAUCCUGUUAGCCUUUGGAAAGAAACCUUUCCGGUGUCUAUAAAUACUCCUGGCGACUGUGAACGGACACUUCAGGUGGAAGUACUGAGUACGCGACCGCCCGAUAUUCGCAGCUUCCUUGAAAAACAACUCCCCGGUAAGGCGCUCCGUGAGCUCGACUUCUCUCAUCAAUGGUGGUAGCCGUAAAAGUUUUUAAGAAAACAACACCGAAUGGUAAAGUCACGGUAUAUCUGAGCAAGAGGGACUUCAUUGACCAUCUGAGUCACACCGAUCCCGUUGACGGAGUUAUCGUCGUCGAGGAUGGAUACUUGCAAGGUCGUAGAAUAUUCGGCCAGCUCCUCACCGUCUACCGCUAUGGGCGUGAGGAGGAUGAGGUCAUGGGCGUCAAGUUCAGCAAGGAAAUGGUUGUCGCCAGCGAUCAACUAGUUCCAUGCAAGAAAGGGGAGAAGGAACCACUCACUCCAAUCCAGGAAAAGUUGAUGAAGAAAGUGGGUCCCAAUGCCUUCCCUUUUACCUUCAACUUCCCUGACAUGUCUCCAUGCUCUGUGACUCUUCAACCAGGUGAGGAUGACGAUGGUAAACCGCUUGGUGUGGAAUAUUUCGUAAAGUGCUAUGUGGGGUCCAACGAGGAUGACAAGGGACACAAGAGAAGCACCGUACAGUUGGCUAUCAAGAAACUGCAGUUUGCUCCAGCCUCAAGGUCUGUGAGCAGGCUGCCAAGCUCUUUGGUAUCCAAGGGAUUCACUUUUUCGUCGGGCAAGAUCAACUUGGAGGUGACACUGGACAAGGACGUUUACUACCACGGGGAGAAAAUCGGCGCUAACUUGAUGAUUAGCAAUAACUCGAGGAAACAAGUGAGGAACAUAAAGGUGUAUGUCGUUCAACAUUGCGAGGUGACCAUGGUCAACGCGCAGUUCUCCAAAUACGUGGCGAGCCUAGAAACCAGAGAGGGCUGCCCCAUAACACCUGGAGCAAGUUUCACCAAAGUGGUGUACCUUGUACCAUUGGCAUCUAGCAACAGAGAUCGACGAGGAGUAGCCUUGGAUGGCAGAUUGAAGGACGAUGAUGCCAACUUAGCCAGCUCCACUUUGGUGCCCGAAGGAAAAUGCCCCAUCGAUGCCAUUGGUAUCGUGAUCUCCUACUCGAUACGUGUCAAACUGAACUGCGGUACCUUGGGUGGAGAAUUGGUCACCGACGUGCCUUUCAAGCUCCUCCACCCAGCACCUGGAUCAGUGGAAAAGGAACGCGCUCAUGCUGUCAAGAAGAUGAAAUCCGUGGACAAGUCCAGGUACGAACAAAGUUUCGCUAAUGACGACGAAGACAAUAUCGUUUUUGAGGAGUUUGCCAGAUUCAGAAUGUCUAGGGAUGAACUCGAGUAAAUUUUAUGUGCAAGAUGGGAAUUUGCGAAAUUGGGCAACGAGAAUUGAUACGUCAGACAGAAAACAUCAACCGAAAGGUUUAUUAUUGCUGAUUUUAGAGGAAUUAUCAUUAUUGCUGAUUCUCGUUUGUCCAAUUUCAAAAUUUCUCCAGACCAGUUCAGGGAAGCUGGGCAGGUUACUGGUUAUAGUCACCACUUUGAUUGUAAAUUACAAGGGGAUACAUUUUUAUACCCAACAUCUGAUAUUCACCCCUUCUGGCACUGAGACUGACUUCCACCGUUCAAAUUAUCUGAUUCUACUAGAUACCUGCACAGCAUUUCUGAUUUUUUUAAUAUAGGAUUUGUUCGGUCAAGUUGAUGAGACAAAACGAGACAUAUUUUGCUUUAAACUUAAAUUUGCAGAGAAAAACGCCAAAAAAAAUUAUAAAAUAGAUUAGAAAAAUGGAAAAAUUUUGAAGAAAGCUUUGGUUGCUCCGCCACAAGUUUUCCAAUCUACCGUUAUUUAUAAGGGACAUCAGGUUGUUAACAAAAACUUUCAUGACUAUAUCGAACUCUGCUUCUAAUUACUCCUGAUCUAUUGUACUCUUUUAGUUGAUAGGAUAUAUUAUUUAUGCAUGCAUACAAUAAAAUGAUGGUUUACAGAUCAACAGUGGCUUUAUUUUUCCUUUUAUUUGUAAUCAAUAAAUUAUUACUACAUUUUCAGAUUUCGUAUAGUAACGCAGCAGAAGAACUACAAACUACAAUUCUAGUUCUAGAAUCAUUAAUAAAUGGUACCGAUAUCGAUCAGCAUAACCAAUAAAGAAGACGAGAUAUAAGCAAAAAGCAGUUUGCCAAGGAUGUGCCAUCUUAUCUGGAGGAAUUUCAAAUAGUUUCUAUAGACUACAAAGCUACAACUAUCGGUGGUCUAAUUCUAAUAACCCGCAUCUUCAAAAAAUUCAAAUGUUACUUUUUCGCGUCACAAUUUUAUUUUUUCGCGCCAUUCAGUUGUACGUUUAUUUUUAUUCUACUAAGUUAAUAACGGUUUUGUUUAGUGUUAAAUGUUACCUCUUCUAAUAUUGAAUCAUAUUUAGCACCUUACAAAAUAAAACACCCUCUCCUGAAGAAUACCGAUCCAUACAAUUACGGGGUAUUAGAAUUAGACCAUCGAAAAUAACGAGCUGUUUUUUCAGUACUCUAAACAAAAUUUGUCAUGGUUAUAUUUGGUUAUUUGUCUUCACGCCCUUACGCACGUUGAGUAUAUAUUUACAAAUAAACAUAUACAGGGUGUUUCUUAAUGAUAUGCGAAUAUUUAAGGUUGUGAAUCUACAUGAACAAUUAAUGUUAGUUUGGUUUAUAAACUAUGGUCCAAAAGCGUUUCCUUACAAAAACUCGGGGUGUUGAAGUUGUAGGAAAAAAAAAUGGAG